GGCCGUUCGCUUCAAUUCCCAAGAGGUCUCGUCUCGCCUCUUGGUUCAACUGAAAUGCAGAGUAAAGAUAUCCUACAAUUCCGUGUAUUUGUGAUCUCAUGCGCGGCGCCCUAGCAUCCUACCAUUAUAUCUACCAUAUACUUUGUUUAUUUGUAUUUUUCCCUAUGCACGUCCUGUACUAGACUAUAGACUCAAUAUCUUUCGUUAGAUUCUGUAUCGUUCUUUGGUUUUUGAUUGAUUGGACAUUCUAGACAAAAUGGUGGCCGAUGGGAAGUCGUCACCGCUCAUCUCCCUGUUGGGCGGUGGCAUUGCUGGCGGAGUUGAGGCUUUUUGUACAUAUCCUUUUGAAUUCGCCAAGACACGUGUUCAGCUAUAUGGUCAUACCAAAGGGAGCAGGAAUCCAUUCAGGAUCGUUGGGCAAGUUGUCAAAGAGGAGGGUGCUGCGGCCUUGUACAAGGGUUGUACGACUAUGAUUGUGGGGUCAAUAGGCAAGGACGCCAUUCGAUUUGUUGCAUUUGACAGCAUACGGAAGAUCUUCGAGGACCCAGAGACUCACACCCUGGGUCCGGCACAGUCUAUAGCCGCUGGCAUGGUAGCUGGAGUAGUAUCCUCUACCCUUAUUGUGACGCCUACAGAGCGCAUCAAGACCGCGCUAAUAGAUGAUGCCAAGACCCAGCUGCGCUUUCGCUCGCCCCUGGACUGCGUGAGAACAUUAUCUGCAGAGCAAGGCCUUCGACGCGCCCUUUAUGCUGGGUAUGUCACCACGACUCUGAAGCAGAUCGGUACUACAGGAUUCCGGUUGGGAUCUUACUCAAUUAUCAAGGAUUGGGAGAAGACCAAGGGGGUCAAUGUCGAUUCCCCGGUAACGACGUUUGCCAAUGGAGCAGUUGCCGGCACUGUUACAACGCUGGCGACGCAACCAUUCGAUACGGUAAAAACGAAGGCCCAGCAGGCCAGGCACGUAGGCACUAUGGAUGCUGUCAGGACCAUACUCAAGGAAGAUGGUUUCCUCAAGGGUUUUUGGCGGGGAACGGUGAUGCGAUUGGGAAGAACUGUCAUGGCCGGCGGCAUUCUGUUCACAGCAAACGAGCAAGCGGUCAAAAUGUUGAGGGUAGUGAUACCGCGACAAUACCAAUGAUUUUUGUUUCCAAGCUGCAAAUACUUGGGUUUGAAGUGCUAUUGAGAACCAACUUGUGAAAUUUAGAGCUGCACAACUAGCCACAUAGGGUUGGAAGAG